ACCGCCGUCACCCGGGCGCGCGCGGGGUCGCGCGGACGCGGCUCGGGCCGCGGGUGCCGAGAGGUCGCCGGGCCACCCGCACCCCCGCUCCCCGCCUGACGCACGGAGGGGCUGGGACGCGAUUUGCCGCGAGUGACUGGAGCCGCCGCCGUCGCCGCUGCCGCUGCCGCUGCCGCCGCCGCCGCCGCCGCUGCCGCCCCGGCCCGCUCCGCCCCCAGCCCGCCUUCCUCCCGCCGCGCCCUCCGCCUCCGCCUGCACCUCGCUAGCGUUCCCGUCUUCCCCAACGCCCCGGAGCCGCCGGCCGUUAGCGUCAGCGCCAGCCAGAACGAGAUUUUUUUGUAAGAAACUGGCUCAUGUAAUCACGGAGGCUGAGAAGUCCCACCAUCUGCAAACUGGAGACCUGGGAAGAGCUGUGGUGUAAAUUCCAGUCAGUCUGAAGGCCUGAGGACUAGGAGCAGCAAUGGUAAUUAAGGAAGUUCACUGGAGUAAAAUGGAGGCCUCAGUAAUACUACCCAUUCUGAAGAAAAAACUAGCCUUCCUUUCAGGAGGAAAGGACAGACGGAGUGGCCUCAUUUUGACAAUUCCAUUAUGCCUCGAACAGACAAAUAUGGAUGAGCUGAGUGUCACCUUAGACUACCUACUCAGCAUUCCAAGUGAGAAGUGUAAGGCUAGAGGAUUCACCGUGAUUGUGGAUGGCAGAAAAUCACAGUGGAAUGUGGUGAAAACAGUAGUCGUAAUGCUACAGAAUGUUGUUCCAGCUGAGGUGUCCCUUGUUUGUGUGGUAAAGCCAGAUGAAUUCUGGGAUAAGAAAGUAACACACUUUUGUUUUUGGAAGGAAAAGGAUAGACUUGGCUUUGAGGUUAUUUUAGUGUCUGCCAACAAAUUGACUCGUUAUAUAGAACCAUGCCAAUUAACAGAAGAUUUUGGUGGGAGUCUCACCUAUGAUCACAUGGACUGGUUAAAUAAGAGGCUGGUUUUUGAGAAGUUUACAAAGGAAUCUACAUCAUUAUUAGAUGAACUUGCUUUGAUUAACAAUGGAAGUGAUAAAGGAAAUCAGCAAGAGAAAGAAAGGUCUGUGGAUUUAAACUUUCUUCCAUCGGUUGAUCCUGAAACGGUUCUUCAGACAGGGCAUGAAUUGUUAUCCGAAUUACAGCAGCGUCGAUUUAAUGGCUCAGAUGGAGGGGUUUCAUGGUCUCCUAUGGAUGAUGAACUUCUCGCACAGCCACAGGUUAUGAAAUUGUUAGAUUCACUCCGAGAGCAAUACACCCGCUACCAGGAAGUUUGUAGGCAACGUAGCAAGCGCACACAGUUAGAAGAGAUUCAACAGAAGGUGAUGCAGGUUGUGAACUGGCUAGAAGGGCCUGGAUCAGAACAACUAAGAGCCCAAUGGGGCAUUGGAGACUCCAUUAGGGCCUCCCAGGCCCUACAGCAGAAACACGAAGAGAUUGAGAGCCAGCACAGUGAAUGGUUUGCAGUGUAUGUGGAACUUAAUCAGCAAAUUGCAGCACUCUUGAAUGCUGGCGAUGAGGAAGAUCUUGUGGAACUAAAGUCACUGCAGCAACAACUUAGUGAUGUUUGUUAUCGACAGGCCAGUCAGCUGGAAUUUAGGCAAAAUCUCUUACAAGCAGCUCUUGAAUUUCAUGGUGUUGCCCAAGAUUUGUCUCAGCAGUUGGAUGGCUUAUUAGGGAUGUUGUGCGUAGAUGUAGCACCAGCUGAUGGAGCAUCGAUUCAGCAAACUUUAAAACUGCUUGAAGAGAAGCUGAAAAGUGUUGAUGUGGGAUUGCAAGGUUUGCGUGAAAAAGGUCAAGGUCUCCUGGAUCAGAUCUCCAAUCAGGCAUCCUGGGCCUAUGGAAAGGAUGUAACCAUUGAAAAUAAAGAAAAUGUGGACCACAUACAAGGAGUGAUGGAAGAUAUGCAGCUUAGAAAACAAAGAUGUGAAGACAUGGUAGAUGUGCGAAGGUUAAAGAUGCUUCAGAUGGUGCAGUUGUUUAAAUGUGAAGAAGACGCUGCCCAGGCAGUAGAAUGGCUAAGUGAACUUCUGGAUGCUCUGCUUAAGACUCACAUCAGAUUGGGCGAUGAUGCUCAAGAAACGAAAGUUUUGCUGGAAAAACAUAGAAAAUUUGUUGAUGUUGCACAGAGCACUUAUGACUAUGGCAGGCAGUUGCUACAGGCCACAGUUGUGUUAUGCCAAUCUUUGCGCUGCACUUCUCGGUCAUCUGGGGAUACACUUCCUCGACUGAACAGAGUAUGGAAACAAUUUACAAUAGCAUCUGAAGAGAGAGUACAUAGAUUGGAAAUGGCUAUUGCGUUUCACUCAAAUGCUGAAAAGAUUUUGCAGGACUGUCCAGAAGAGCCUGAAGCUAUUAAUGAUGAGGAGCAAUUUGAUGAAAUUGAAGCAGUUGGGAAAUCACUUUUGGAUAGAUUAACUGUUCCUGUAGUUUAUCCUGAUGGAACCGAACAAUAUUUUGGGAGUCCAAGUGACAUGGCUUCUACUGCAGAACACAUCAGAGACAGGAUGAAACUAGUUAAUCUCAAAAGGCAGCAGCUGAGACAUCCUGAAAUGGUGACCACAGAGAGCUAAUGGCUACCAGCUACCUACAGAUUUGCAGUUCAUAAUCCCGCAUGUUGUCAACAUACUACAGCAUUAGCCACCACACAUUAAAAUGCAUUUCACAGCCAAAAUAAGUCUCAUUUCUUUUCAUGACACAUUUCUCUUUACAUGUUAACACCUUGCUACUAUCAAGGCAUAAUUACUUAACAUGCUUCGAGGCUAUAGAUUCCAAGUAUCUUAAAAGAAGGAACUAUAAACAUUGCACUGAAAACUUGCUUUAAAGCUUUACCUGACCUGUCAGAUAAACAACUGAUAAUAAGCUUUGAAUGGUGCUAAUAAGAGUAGGAAUUCUAUUAAAAAAAAAAAAAGUUGCCCUUCCUCCACAGGUGAUUUAGUAAAUUUAGACAGUAGUUAAACUCUUAUUAGUAGACAGUGGUGUCCUCAAAAUUUUACUUUGUAAUUUUUCAGAAUUGAUUAUUUUUAUUGUGUCAAUACAGAGAAAGCCUUUCAAAUCUUUGAUAUAUCAUAGUCAUUAAAAGACCUUUUCCUAUUUGUAUUGAUAAUGUAUUAAAAGUUGUUUGUGCUUAAUAAAAGACUUCUUUAAACAUCUUAUUUAAUUUAGUAGUUACAUCCUAUUUCCAAACAUGAGUGCCUUAUUUAAAAGGGCAUUCUUAGGACUGUGAGGAUGGUUUAAUAUUUGUUUUUUCAUGGUGGUUGCAUGUAUUUUAGACAGGAAAUUCAUAUGUAAGCAUGUGUAUAUAAUAAGCAUGUUUUAUCAUAAAAAAUUAUUGUGAACAAUUUAGAUCUUUAAGAACUUAAUAAUGGAAUACUAUUUCUAAUUUUUCUCUUCUUCAACUUGAAAUAUAUUCUCAAAAUUAUUAACUACCCUGAAGAUACUCUGUCUUUAGGGGAGGAGGGCUGAGGAAGAAGGCAUACAUAAUUACUUCAGUGUAAUCCUUUAUAUCAGAGUAAUCUUUCUGGAACUAAAAUAGCAAUUGUUAAUAAAAUUUAGUUUCUCAUUAUAGUCUAAAAGCAAAAUAAAUUCUGAAGUAGUCCAAUAACAACUGUAUGACUCCUUUAGAAAUAAAAUUUAUCAUGAAAUGCUAGUGCUUUUAAGUUUGUAUUAAGUUUAAAUGGUAAAAUGCAUAUAAUUUAAAUUUUGUGUAUUUUUAUUUCAGAAAAUUUUUUAAAAGAUUAAAAAUUAUUUUUUAGGCUUGUAGUCAUUACAAAAUUAUAAACGAGUUGUAUACUGGUUCCUUUUUGAGGUCUACAAACAUGUUCAUGUAUCUUCCAAUGCAAAAAAAAAAAACCCUCCCUUUUAACCUGCUAGUUUUUCCAGCCUUCUUCACUGACAGAUUUCUUGGAGAAAUCCACAUCCAGUGCCCCUACAUCCUCAUCACUCACUACUCAGCACCUUGCAGUCUGGUUUUACACAGCACUCUACUGAAACUGUUCUUUUGAAAGUCAGCAAUGGCCUCCCAGUUACCAAACUGAAUGAUUUUUUCUCUGAAUCCCUUACCCUUUUCUCUCUGCAACAUUUACGCCAUUGAGCAACCUUUCCUAGACAGUGUCUCCUUCCUUGAAGAUGCUAUCCUCUGAAAUAACUGUGAGUACAGUUGCAUAACCCUAAUUUAAGAUGUGCCUGCUGAACAUGUGCUCUCUCAGAUCCUGUCAGAAUGCUUUUGGCUCUUCUCUAGGUAUCUCAUCCUUAUGGUUUUUAUUUUAUACUAAUGUUCUGGAUUACAUACCUGGUCCAGAAAUCUAGACUUGUACUUCUUUUUAAUUGCCUACCUGACAUUUCAACCUUGAUUAAAGAUUUACAAUAUUUGUCACCUUUUCCUCCUGGAACAAUUUAGGUUAAUGGUGCAGCCUUUUUUCCUAGUCAAACAUGCCAGGAAAUUCAGGGCAAAGGUCAUCUGCUCCCUCUUGUCUUAUGUGGUCACUGCUUCUGAGAACAUCCAGGAAGUUCUUUCUAUACUUGAUAAUCUUCUCAGUCCUUUGGGGCUUUACUGCUAUGAGUAUGAACUUUUGUGAUUAUUUCAGUCUUCAUGAUGGUUCUAGUCACAUUCUAUAGUUGUUUAUGUCUGUACCCACUAAGCUCUUUUGAGGGAAGGAAUCUUGUCUUCUCCUAUUCCCAGUCUUGCUCAUGCAUAACAGAUACCCAGUUCUCCUAAAUAUGAAUGCUGUAUUAUAGGCAUUAGUAAUAAUCCCUGUUAUAUUGCAGUCUGAAGUAUGUUUUAAACAUACUUAAUUUUUUAAAGUUAGAACUGACAAGUGAAUCUAUUCUUAGAUUCUUAGAUACUAACUACUUUAGAUAUUUAGUUAUACUCAAUAACUAAAUAUCAAUACUCAACGUCUGUUUCUUCUACUGAAUUUCAGAGUAGUUACAAUGUUUUUCUUAAGACUUUGCUAGAAAGGAACUGGUUUGUUAGUAAUUCUACCAUCAACUCAUGGAGUUAUAAUUGCCAAAUGUUAAUUUUUAUAUACCUUAAGCUAUCUUGCCUACAAAAAGUAAAAUAAGGCAGGAUUCAUAAAUGUUACUUGUAAAUUGAGUGUUUCAUAUGAGGCCAAGUAUGAUUUUAACAUAAUGAAUAUCAUUGCUCCUCAUCUGUAAAUUUGCUGCUCCUUUCAUAUGUGUAUCUGUACAUAGAGUUAUGAAUGAAAAUCCAGUAAUGCCCUAAAACAACUUCUUUCCAUAGGGUCAUAGCUCACUUAAAGUGAACAUGUGAAAAAAGUGACUGCAGUGUGUUCGAAACCACAAGCUGUUUCUAUGUCAUAAAUUAACAUCAGCUUGCAAAUCUCCGAAAGAACCACUCAUUUCUAAUUGGUAUAUGUCACAACCUCCCACAUUGCUUUAGCCCAUCUCAGGGAAUUAUUGAAAUACUGGCAGGGUUAGUUUUGUUUUUUUGGGUUUUUUUUGUUUGUUUGAGGAUUUUUUUUCUUUUAUCUUCUUAUCAUUUGUUUGCUCCUGUGUAAGCUUAAUAUAUAAUGGCAGUUUGGCAUCUGUUCUUCGCACAUGUCUAACCCAGCAGAGUUAUGCAAAAAUGAUAACUUCAUUUUAGGUCAUAUUGGCUUUGUUCCCAGUCCUCAUUGUUGGUGACUUUGUUCAGUUCUGGUGACUCAUUGGUGAUGUUGAUGAAACUGCUCAGCCUGCCAGCUGGGAUAUUGAUGGCAGGUCUAGGCUUCAUUGCUAGGUAGAAGAUUGAAUACUUCUCACUUUAUAGAAAUUUACAUUGGCUAUUGCUCCCAUGUGUUAGCUAGUCUUAACAUGUUUGUUAUUUCAUUAUCUUAUUAGCUGACAUAUGGAGUGGUAUUAUUAGUGUCAUACUCCUUAGUAUGAGCAUGACAAUUAAGUUACCUUACUGACAGUGAUGAGUAAACCAUACUCUGAUCUAAACCUAUUGUUACCAAUGAUGUGAUUAUGAAGUUAGCUGAAUCUAUCUCACUAUGUGGUCUACAUUUGAAGAAAUAGUUCAGAAUUCUCUACGACAUUGUAAGUUACUUGCCAAUAGAGAUUGGACAUUAUUAUGUACUACUCCCCUUCUCACAUCCUACCCAAAGUACACAAGGCCAUAUUAAAACACUGUUGCUACUAAAAACUAAACAUACUGUGGUUGCUAAUGUCCUUUACAUCUUCAGCCUAUAGGGAAUGGUACAGGCAGAAACAGGCACCAUUAAGUAUAUUAUCAUCAGUAGUGAGAUCUGUAUGAUUAGGAUAUCUUUGCUGAAGCCCCUAAAGGAAAAAUUCUCUAGCAUUAAAAACAUGGCUGGAACAUAACUAAGCAGUUAACCUAAUUAGUAGACUUAUUGUUAACUUUCAGUCCUAAAAAUAAAAAGCUUCAGUUGGGAGUAGAAAAUACACUAUGCUGCUAUAUAGAGCAACAAAUACCCUGAUGAGAUAAAAUGAAGUAGAAACUUACCAUUUGACAUUAUUUGACUUUAAUACAUGCUACUGAAAAGUCUAGGUUUAGCUAAGAAGCGUAAAUAAUGGCAAUACUUGUAGAGGAAAGAACAUACCAGCUAAAACAAGAACUGUGAUGAACAUAAUGGAAAGUGUUUGGAGCUUGAAUACUUGGCUUCAAAAAUCUGGCUUUGCCAUUUACUGUGACCUUGGUUACAAAAAAAAUCUGAGAAUUUAUCGGGCUAUAAAAUAGAGAAGUCAUACCAAUUUCAAGAAUAAAAUAUAAAGAAUUGUUGAAGCCAAAAUAUCCAGAAAUAAACAGAAUGGAAGGUAUCAUUGCUGUGAUUAUCUUUUCAGAAUAGAAAAUAGGGUAUUCUUUAUCCUUUCUGUUGUCUCACAUGACAAGCAUGGGAUGGUGAGGAAAUGGCACAUUGCCUAUGUUCGCCGCCCUGCCCCCCUUAGCUCCACCACCCCUUCACCGUCACCCCCAGUUCGCUAGUGUAUCAGAAUGCAUCUUCAGAAUUACACACUGAAGAUACAAAAGGUCCAGUUGGUAAGCUCAUCAGUAAAUAACAAGGCUUUGAAAUCUGACAAAUUAGCUAUUUUUGUAGGGAGAUAAUAGACCAGCAAGAUGGAAGACAAGUGAUGAGUAUCAUCUGUUUUGAGGUUGACAGGGUGUGACAUAACCCCAUUAAUAGACACAAGUAAAAGAAAAUCAUACUAGGAAUGGGUAUUAGUGAGCAAGCGCCAACCAGUAGAAACAACAACAGCAUAAAUCUGUUAUUUAUAAAGUAUCCCAAUAAUGAGGUUAAAAAAACAGAACAAAUCAUGAAAAGACCACAAUUAGUGCUGGUUAUGCUUAGAGAGGAGCAGUCUCUUGGUCAACUCAGGCAGUGAUGAUGAACAGAAAAUGGCCGACUGAUACUGUAAUAGAGGCAUAGAACUAAGGACACUCCAUGAGCUGGCAUAAAUACAGGGGAGUCUUUAAGACUGAGAAAAGUUCAUGGGUAUGGCACUUAAUAUGACUCAACAUUACUGCAGAAUUUUAAAGCAAACAUGAAAGCUUGAGAAUAAACACUAGUCCCUCUACUUCAAGAAAAAGCAGAACCUGUACUAGAACAUGAAGAACUUAGAGAUCAAAAGACAGCCAGAACUAUGAUGAAAUAUUUUGAAAGCAGUGGGCACAUAAAGAUUUUUUUUGGAGAACUUUAUGAGGCUAUGUAUAUAAUUCCUAUAUGUAAUUUUAUAGGAAUUCUUAACUGAAAAUAGUUAUCAACUGCUAGUUAUCAGGAGCAGUGUUAUUAGGGAUUUUAAGUUAGGCAUGUAGAAAACUUUCUGACUAAAGGGCUAUUGAACUCAAGCCAGUUCCCAGUGACUCUCCAGGAGGCACCUUAGAAGUCUUGCAAGCUGAAUACCAUGUCUUUAGGGUGUCCAAAUGCUUCUGUCUUGGGGGAGAAAUGAGAGAUGACUGGAUGCCUUUCUACUCAGAACACAGUAGACCACUCACUAUUUAUGACCAAGCCUCACUUCUUUUCUAUUACAGCUACAGAUUCUUUUUUAGUCUGAAAGUUAGGGUAAAUAAAAUUUCUAUAUUUGAUUUUUCUCUUAGGAAUGUUUUCUCGUCUUAACUCUUAGUUAUCUUUAUGGCCAACAAAUUUGCUCAGAAUAUAUCAUCAAAAUAUAUGUAUUGUAUUUUGUAAAGGUGAAAGGAUCAACAAAUUUGCUCAGAAUAUAUCAUCAAAAUAUGUGUAUUGUAUUUUGUAAAGGUGAAAGGAUCGAAAUACCACUUUGACAAUUAUAAACCAGAGUAGAUUUGAGAACCGAUUGCUCACAUCACACUUAGGAAUAGUCUCAGAAGGCUUUAAGAGAAACAACUUCUCAAUGGACACUUAUAAGAAUUUGAUGAUCAUACUGUCAUAAAAUCAAUAAUGGAAUUCUCAGCAAAAUUAUUUGGUAAACAUUGCACCCUGUAUUUUUACCCAACAUUUUGUUAUGAAAAUUAUCAAAUACAUUAAAAAGUUAAAGUAAUUUUAUAGUGUACUCACUACCUAGAUGCUAAUUAGCAUUACCUGUGCUUGGUCACAUAUCCAUUCAUCAGUUCAUAUUAUUAUCUGAUGCAUUUUAAAUUGCAUAUUAACUAGAGUUCAUUGUUGGCUUUUUUACAUAAAAUUAGCAUACAAUGAAGUGCAUAGAACAUAUGUGUUCACUGAGGUUUGGCAAAUGCAUAUAGUGCUAUGGAAAUAGGAAACAUUAUCACCACCCUAGAAAGUUUCCACACUGCCCUUUCCAGUCAAUUCCUGUCCCUCCUUGACCCUCAAAGGCAACCACUGUUCCUUUUUCUACCAUAAGAUUUUUCUGUUCUAAAACUUUGUAUAAAUAGAUUCACACAACAUGUAUGCUUUUCUACAAGGGUUCAUUAUUGCUGUUCUUUUUUAUUGCUAAGUAGUAUUCCACUGUAUGACAAUAUUACAAUUUGUUUAUUUAAUUUCCUAUUAUUGAUAGAUACCUGGGCUGUUUCCAGGAUUGGCCAUUAUAAAUAAAGCUGCUAUGAGCAUUCUUAUGUAA